AUGGUGGCCCCAAGGCGGGAGGAGCUUGACGGGGGCCUCGCGGCGCAGCAGCCCCGACGUGGCUCCAUCUCCCCCGGAAACCCCUGCGGGAGGCGCUGGCGCUGCAGGGCGCUUCCACCCCCGGGGACUUCCUCCAGCAGCUGCCUCUCUCCUCCCCUCGGCGGCGUGACAGCCUCGGCCUGCCGGUCUCCCGGAUGGGCUGGGGGGCGGGCACAGGCACCCCGGCCACUUUGGAGGCUCGGGAAGAGGUUCGUAGAAGAGGCUGAGCGGACGGAGCGGAGGCGGUGCCAGGCGCCAGGCGUCCACCUGCGAGGAAGGCGCAGCGGCCGUGGGAGCCUGGGCGGCGGUGGCGGCAGCAUUGUGCUCCGAGCUGCAGUGAGUGUCCCAGAGACCUGGAUUCAGAAUGCAGGCCAGGGAGGAGAUUCCAGAGUCCGGAUCCAGGUGGAAUGGAGGCCACAUUCACAGAGGGGGGAUGAAGGGGGGCUGCUCUCCUCCCCACCCCACCCCCACGUAGAAGCAAGAAAAGAACGGAAAACUUCCCAGAGGCAUCCAGCAAAGGUGUCAAGGAAACAAGAGAGCAGGUCACAGCCACCAGCUCCCUGGGGACAGGAUUGCCAGCUCCCAGAGGACCUCGUCCUUCAUGGUUGCACUCCCACCCAGCUAGCACCCAGCACCCAGCACCCAGCACUCAGCACCCAGCACUCAGCAUGGUGCAGGGCCUAUGGUCAAUAAACAUGAGUCACUUGGUCGA